AUGGCUCCUCAUAGUGGCACAAGCUCUGAUGAAUCCACCACCAACAAUCUCACCGCGGUGACCAUUGAUAGGGACAAGAACAGUGCAUCAGCUGUCAAAUGGGCUGUUGAGCAUCUCUUGUUAACAGAUCAUUCAAUCAUUCUGAUCCAUGUUAAGAUCAGAAAUCCACAACCUCGUAGGUACCCUCUCUUUUUGGCUUAUGAUACAUACGGUGAGGUUGCUAAUGCAUAUAAUGCAUCAGGGAGUACGGAUGAGCAGCAGCUUUUCAAACCAUCCCGCCUGUAUUGCGCACGUAAAGGGAUUAAAGUGAAAGAAGUACUCCUUGAAGGCGUAGAUGUUUCCAAGGCAAUUCUGGACUAUAUUUCUGACAAUCACAUUAAAAAUAUUGUUCUUGGUGCAUCGUCAAGAAAUCCCAUUGCAAGGAAGUUUUGGACUCAUGAUGUGCCAACAAUUGUCAACAAGGCUGCCCCUGAUUUCUGUUCUGUGUAUGUAAUCGCAAAAGGCAAGAAGCUAUCUUUUCGACCUGCUGUAAGAUCUAAGUCGACUCCUGUAACUCCUAAACAAGAAUCUGCAAGAAACCAGUCUCCCAUCAGGUUUAAUCACAGUGAACCUGAGGAUCUUUCUAGGGCAUUAUCUAGGAGAGAAGAGCAAAAGGGAGUGGGGCCUGCGAAAGUGUGGCCUCCUGCAGCUCUUCCGUUUGGAUCAAUGGAGAAUAUUGAUAUUUCGUUCGUUGCAAAAAGUAAUGUACCCAGUCGCAAUAGCCUCUCCACCAGUGAUAGUGAUUCCACUGCACCAUUUCACUUUGGACCGAUGGAGGCAAUUAUUAAAAAUGUAGAUUUUGCUAACAUGCUGGAUGCUGCAAACAGUGGAAGUUCUGGAUCAUCUUCACUUGAAGCUGAAAUGAAUAGACUAAAACUCGAGCUCAAACAGACUCUGGAAAUGUACAAUACAGCUUGCAAGGAAGCUCUCUCAGCCAAACAAAAGGCUAAAGAGCUCGACAGAUGGAAAAUGGAAGAAGCCCUGAAGAUUGAGCAAGCCCGACAUUCUGGAGAGUCAGCUGUCGCGAUUGUUGAGAUGGAGAAGGCUAAACGUAGAGCUGCCAUUGAAGCGGCUGAGAAGGCUCAAAAGUUAGCUGAUAUUGAAGCACAAAGAAGAAAGCAUGCUGAGGAAAAGGCCAAGCGAGAAGCAGAAGGAAAGUCUAGAGCACUGAAAAUUCUAUCACAAAAUGAUUGUCGUUGCAGAAAAUACACCAUUGAGGAUAUAGAAAUUGCCACCAAUAAAUUCUCAAGUUCAUCAAAAAUCGGGGAAGGUGGUUAUGGUCCUGUUUAUAAAGGUAAACUUGAUCAUACUCCAGUUGCCAUUAAGAUUCUGAGACCUGAUGCUGCACAAGGAAGGAAGCAAUUCCAACAAGAGGUAGAGGUCCUGAGCAGCAUUAGACACCCAAAUAUGGUUCUCCUCUUGGGUGCAUGUCCUGAAUAUGGAUGCUUGGUAUACGAAUAUAUGAACUAUGGAAGUUUGGAAGAUAGGCUAUUUCGCAAAGGUAACACACCACCCAUACCAUGGGCAUUUCGGUUUAAAAUUGCAGCUGAUAUUGCCACUGGCCUUCUAUUCCUUCACCAGACAAAACCAGAGCCUCUUGUGCAUCGGGACCUUAAACCUGCCAACAUCCUUUUAGAUCAAAAUUUCGUUUGUAAAAUUAGUGAUGUUGGCUUGGCACGUUUGGUUCCAGCCUCCGUAGCCGAUACUGUAACACAAUAUCACAUGACUUCGGCUGCUGGGACAUUUUGUUAUAUAGAUCCUGAAUACCAGCAUACAGGCGAAUUAGGGACAAAGUCGGAUAUAUACUCUCUCGGGGUAUUGUUACUCCAGAUUAUCACUGCAAGGCCUCCAAUGGGGCUCACACAUCACGUCGAGAGGGCCAUAGAAGAAGGAAGAUUUGCAGAUUUGUUAGAUCCAACAGUCCCGGAAUGGCCUGUCGAGGAUGCUCUAAGCUUUGCAAAAUUAGCGUUGCAGUGUGUUGAGCUUAGGAAGAAGGAUAGACCAGAUCUUGGAUCUGUUAUAGUUCCAGAGCUUAGUCGGUUGAAAGAACUUGGUAUGAACAGCAUGUUUAACAACUCUUAGAAAUCGCCUCUUGCCCAGAGUAAAGAUCUCCAAAUAUAAGCCAGGCAAUAAUCUUC